AAACUAACAUUUUCUCUUUGCUUUUCUACGCUAAUUUCGUCCCACCAUGGAACGGCACCUGUCUGGCCUGUCGCGCGUAACAUAAAACCUCCCGUUCAGGUUUGGUUUUCGAACCGGCGGGCCAAGUGGCGCCGGGAGGAGAAGCUCCGCUCGCAAAAGCGGCUAAUUAACCACGUGGGCGGUGUGGGCGGCGGCGGCGGCAGCGGUGGUGGCGGCGGCCUCGGCAACGGGGGGCUGGUGGGCAGUGGCAGCCUCGGCGGCGGUGGUGGCGGCGGCGGCGGCCAGUCGGGCGGCGGUACGGGCCCGGCUGGCGCGGGCGGCGGCGUGAUCGGGAGCAUCGGCACGGCGGCCAUCUGUUCGCCGUCGGCGACGGCCGCCAAGCUGUACCAGUCCGAGUACGACAACCCGUACGGGGCGGCGGCGGCUGCGGCCGCCGUCGCGUCUGGCCAGCCCACCACCGCCGACUGCUACAGCAGCGCGAUCGGCAACUCGGCCGCCGCCGUCGGCCUAAUGUCGGCGCAGCCGCCCCGCGACAACUACCAGUACUUGCUGUCGGAUUCGCUGCAUUCGCUCAGCAUGCCUUACUCGUUCCACCACCGGCUGCCGUGCAGUUCGCCCUCGACCGUGCAGCCGAUGGACCUGAACACGCACUCGGCUGCGUCGGCGGCUGCGGCGGCUGCGGCGGCCGCGUCCGCCGCCGCCUACAGCCAGUCGAUCAACAUGACGGACCUGUCGCAGAUGACGCCGCCGAGCGCGGCGGCGGCUGCGGCGGCCGUCGCUGCCGCCGGGCUGCCCCCGGUUCCGUCCCGCCACCUGCCGAUAAUUACCAGCGCGAUAGCGGGCGGCGGCAACGGUGGUGGUGGUGGUGGCGGCGGCGGCGGCUCAGCAAACGGUUCGGCCGGGUCGGGCGGCGAGCUCGGCGAACCGGGCAGUGGUGUGGUGACGGCCGCCAGCGGUGCCAGUGGGGGCGGCGGAACCAGUGGCGGAAGCAGUGGCACGGGGAACCCUUCCGCACAGCAGCAGCAGCAGCAGCCGCCCCAGCAGAGCGGCGGCCAUUACAUUACGCGGCUAGAAUAA